AUGGCUGGAAACGGCGGCAACCACCUUCAGGUGCCCAACUUCAACAUGGACGGCCCUGGAGAUGACCAGGGCUCGCACCGCCGCAGCUCGUCAAUCCAGUCCAACACUGGAUCUGCUCAUAGCGCCAAGUCGGGAGGCAGCUCCCAUUCGCGUCCCCCGAGUGAGGGCGGCAAGUCUCAUGGCUCAAAGGCUCCUAGUGACGCCGGAAAGUCUCGCCCCCCUAGUGAGGGCGGAGGCAGUAACCGCCCUGCUCCAGCCUCGGGCUGGACCAACGCCGACCCUGCUGUCGGCCAUGACCCGGCUCGGGAGCGCGAUCCCAUGAAGGACCACUUCCUUGUUAGCAACAAGCAGUGGAAUAAAAACCUCGAUCUGCCCGCUGAGGCCUAUGUCGAGAAGCUGAAGACGCCCUACCCCCGCCGUCCCGGUAUGGGCAACAUGGGAAAGAAGAUCAACGUCUGUGUGAACUUCUUCCCUGUCCAGGCCAUCUCGAACAAGGAUGUCUUCCUUUACGACAUCUCUGCCGGCGCCUCCAUCAAGCCGGAGAUCGUCGCUCGCAAGUGCUUCAACUCGCCGACAAUCAAGAAGAUGCUUGACCAGGUCAAGGCCCCCAUCAUCUACGACGGUCGCCACCUGGCUUGGUCGUCUGUUAGCAGCAUCGACAUCAAGAAGCAACUUGAUCUGGACGCCGAGUACGGCCGUGGAGGCGGUGGUGACAAGAGGAACUGCUUCAUGUUCACCAUGAGGCAGGUUGGCAGGAUCCGCAUGGAGGCCCUGCAGCACUACCUCCAGGGAAAGCUGGAGUGGGACAAUUCGGUCCUCGAGUGCUUGAACUUCCUUGACCAUGUCAUGCGCCAGGGACCUUCGGAGAAGAUGUUGGCCAUCAAGCGCAACUUCUACUCCAAGACUGCCAACCCCACCCCCAUGGGCGAUGCCAUCGUCGAGAUGCUCAAGGGAACAUUUGCUUCCAUCCGCAUGUCGCAGUCGAUCCAGGAGGGCCGCCUGGGUCUCGGAGUCAACGUCGACGUGGCCAACACGUGCUUCUGGCAGUCGCAGGGCUUCGAGGAUCUCGUUCGCAACUUCAUCGGUACUGUUGACCGUCGCUGGUCCAAUCAGACCAUGAUGCGCCUGCCCGACCUCUUCGAGCCGGUGGCCGACAGCAAAGGUGCUCUGAUGCCGUCCGAGGCCUUCCGCGCUCUGCGCAAGCUGCACAAGAUUCGAUUCUUCGUCGGCCAUCGCGGCAAGAUGACGGACCAGAAGUCAUACUGCGUCAAGCGCUUUGUCUUUGACCCGACCUGUGGACCCUCGGGCGCCAACGCCAAGACCUACAAGUUCACCAAGAAGACUGGCGAGACCAUCAGCAUCUUCGAUCAUUUCGUCAAGCAGUACAACUGCCGCCUCCAGAACUGGCGUCUCCCGCUCAUCGAGACGACCCGCGCAGGCAUCUUCCCCCUGGAGGUCUGCACCAUGGAGCUCUUCCAGCGGUAUCCCUUCAAGCUGGACCCCGAUCAGACGUCCAAGAUGAUCAAGUUCGCUGUGACUCGCCCCAAGGAGCGUGGCCAAGACAUCAUGAAGAACGUCAACGAGCUUGGUUGGGCCAACGACCGCUGGCUCAACGCCUUUGGCAUCAAGAUCUCGCCGCAGAUGGCGUCGGUGCCUGCCCGUGUCAUCCCCAACCCGGAGAUGCAGUACCAGGGCAGCACCAUCAACCCUGGCGUCGCCGGUCGCUGGGACUUGCGUGGCAAGGUCUUCUCUGAGGGGAACAAGGCCAUGCCCCUCCAGUCGUACGGAGUGGUCGUCAUCGACAACUGCGUCGACAAGGCCUCUAUCGAGACCUUCAUGGCUUCGUUUAUACGCAUCUUCAAGGGCCACGGUGGCCAGGUGAACACGGCCAGGAAGCCCGUCUUCUUGAGCUACCCCUCAACCAACACGACCCUCGGCAACAUUGUCGAGCAGGCGUACCAGGCUACGGGCAAUGCCAACAAGAUGCACCCCCAGAUGCUGUUCUUCAUCCUGCGGGACAAGUCAAUCAUCAACUACGAGCGCAUCAAGAAGUCGGCCGACUGCCGCUACGGCCUAGUCUCUCAGUGCCUGCAGGCCGUUCAUGUCAGGAAGAACCAGCAGCAAUACUGCUCGAACGUGGCCAUGAAGGUCAACGCCAAGCUGGGUGGACAGACAUGCAAGCUGAAGGGGGUUUCCUUCAGCAAGCCCACCAUGAUGAUUGGUGUGGACGUCUCCCAUGCCAGCCCAGGCUCGUUUCAGUCAUCGAUGGCAGCUAUUACCGUAUCGAUGGACAAGGAAACUGCUCGGUACGCCGCGGCCGUCGAGACCAACGGCCACCGUGUUGAAGUCCUCCUUCCGGCGAACGUCCAGAGCAUGCUCCGCCCUCUGAUCACGCGCUGGUGCAAGAUGCACAGGACGACCCCCCAGGACAUCUUCUACUUCCGCGACGGUGUCUCGGAUGGCAUGUUCUCCCAAGUCCUGGAGCUCGAGGUGGAGGAGGUACGCAAGAUUGUACAGAGCUUUGGUGGCCCCAGCCCCCGGAUCACGGUCAUUGUGGCGACCAAGCGUCACCACAUCCGUUUCUUCCCUCGCGAGAACGGCGCGGGCGACCGCAACGGCAAUCCUCUUCCGGGCACCGUGGUUGAGCGGGAGGUCACCCACCCGUUCCACUACGAUUUCUAUCUCUGCUCGCACGUGGCCAUCCAGGGCACUGCUCGUCCUGUGCACUACCACGUCAUCCACGACGAGGUCAAGAUGUCGCCGGACGAGCUGCAAAAGAUGAUCUACCAGCAAUGCUACCAGUACGCGCGCUCGACAACGCCGGUUUCGCUCCACCCGGCAGUUUACUAUGCUCAUCUCGCUAGCAAUCGAGGCCGCAGCCAUGAGAACGCGAACUCGUCGCAGAAGGACCCAAAGACACGCAAGGAGCCUGGCGUGUUUGCCAAGGGUGAGGACGAGGAGAGCAUGCAUGGUCGCCGCAUGGAGUCGGUUCCGCUGCUCCCUAUCGGCACCAGCGGCGCCAAUCCCCAGAACAUCGAGCAUUUCAAGGGUACCAUGUGGUUCAUCUAG